AUGGACCAGAGGAACCAGAGGGACGAACAAUACGGGAUGAGAGACCAGGGUUUGGCUACGCAGCGCUUCGCACGCAGGCGGUGUGGCCCCGGCCUCAGUCCCAGCACCUCCUCCUCCAGGCGCAGCGCGGAGAGAAUGGAGCCGCGGUGGAGGGUGCGCGAUGGUGAGUGCGCGCGUAGUAAGAGAGAGGCGUGCGUGCGUAAAGUGGACCGGACCAUCAGACCAUGUGCGAGGGACGGAGAGGGACAUUUGCCGCUGGAAACCGGAGCACCUGGAGGAAACUGGAGCACCUGUAGCAAACCGGAGCACCUGGAGGAAAUCAGAGCACCUGGAGAAAACCGGAGCACCUGGAGGAAAUCAAAGCACCUGGAGGAAACCGGAGCACCUGGAGGAAACCGGAGAACCUGUAGGAAACCGAAGCACCUGGAGGAAAUCGGAGCACCUGGAGAAAACCGGAGCACCUGGAGGAAAUCGGAGCACCUGGAGGAAACCGGAGCACCUGGAGGAAACCGGAGAACCUGUAGGAAACCGAAGCACCUGGAGGAAAUUGGAGCACCUGUAGGAAACCGGAGCACCUGUAGGAAACCGGAGCACCUGGAGGAAAUCGGAGCACCUGGAAGAAAUCGGAGCACCUGGAGGAAACCGGAGCACCUGUAG